UCCCGUCCUGCAUCCUGCACUUCUCCUGUCUCCCAUCGCCCGGCUGCAGCUCCCCAGGAGACAGAAGGGGCCACCGAGAGCCAGAAAGGACCAGAAAGGGCCACCGAGAGCCAGAAAGGGCCACCAAGAGCCACCGCCCUUGCACCCUGCGCUUCUCCUGGCUCUCACCGCUCUGCUGCGCUUCCCGAAGAGCCAGAAAGGAUAACCGAGAGGCAGAAAGGACCACUGAGAGCCAGAAAGGGCCACCGAGAGCCAGAAAGGGCCACCGAGAGCCAGAAAGGGCCACCGAGAGCCAGAAAGGGCCACCGAGAGCCGCCUCUGCUCCCGCCCCGCAUCCCUGCGGCCUCCCGGGGGUGAAGAUGAGUGCUGAAGAGAUUCGGGUGUAUGCAGUAGAACUUGGAAAAAAUUUCUGCCUCUAUUUUGAAGACGACGAUGAGCUGGAGUGUGAUGCCCUGUGCAAGGAAAAGACCCUGCACCGAGUGCUGAGGAACGUGAACAGCCAGCUGCUGGUGGUGCGCCCCGACCUCAACGUGGCGGCCUUUGAGGAUGUGACAGACCAGGAGAUGCAAUCUGGCAAGGGGAUGCAUUUCAGCAUUCACUGCUACAAAACCACCACGCCCUCGGCCGGGCUGCCCGUGGCCUUCAGUGUCCAAGUGGAAAACAAGAGUUACUACAUGUGCUGUGAGAGGGAAUGCGGGAAAAUGAUCGUCAGGUUCAAGGAAGGAGAAGUUCCCAAAGAAAUUCCUGGUGAAAGCAACAUCAUCUUUUUCAAGAAGACAUUUACAUCUUGCUGCUCCCAAGCAUUUAAGUUUGAAUACUCCAUGGAGCAAGGAAUGUUCUUGGCCUUUGAGGAAGAAGGCUACUUGAGAAAAUUAAUCCUUAAGAAACUGUCAGAAGAUGAAGUGGAUGAAACCAUGAAGAUAAGUUUAUGUAAGUUCAGUCAGAAUGAAAAUCACAACCUAUGAUGGGACACCUCAACAGUUUUAAAAUACAGUUUGUCUUUUUUAUAUAAAAUAAACUUUUGUCUUUCUUUAUCCUAAACAA